ACACACUUCACAAAAAGCAAGCGAGGGAAGCACCACACAGCAUCACUGGAAAUGGAAAUUACUCGAGUAGUAAAACUCCCCCUAAAGAACAGUGUAUCUUUAAAUGUGUAGUGACAAGAAUUAUCAGCCAUAGCAGAUUACAUUAAAAUACAAUCCGGUUCGAGAAAGGAGAAGCGGAGGUAGUGGUGUAGCAUCAGCAAACCAAAGGAAGCAUCAGCACAAGCAGUGCGUGCAGGUAGUGGUUUGUGCAGGCAUAAGCAUUCAUCUGGAUUCGAAAAAACGCUAUGAACUUAGUAAUAACGAUGGAGGUUCCCUCCGAGGGUCCAGGAACGUACUGCCGUCUGUGUCUAAGCAGGUGUGGCCUCAGGCAAAUAUUUUCUAUGCAAGCCUCAGACAAAAAUGUAUGGACUAGCAACAAUUCGUCCGAGUUGGUUGAGAAAAUUUACGAAUGCACCAACAUACAGCUCUCCUCCGCGGCGGAUGCGGAAUGUGCCAUCUGCGGCCGUUGUUUGCUGGCGGUGCAGGAUUUUUACCACUUUCGUGUGCGCAGCAACAAGGUGAAUGAGCUUAUUCAAAAUUUGACAAUCGCUACCGAUAAGGUCGAAAGUGUACCCGUUCCACUGACAGAAGCCGCGAUCGGCAACCAGUAUCAAUGCGCAAACUGUUUGGCAAAGUUUCAUCAUAUUCGAUCGCUAAGGCAGCACCACAAGCUGUUUUGCAUUGCUAAACCAAAAACCAGCGAUGGCACUUUAAUUAUCGAGCACAUCGAUGAACAGAUGGAAAGCGAAAGUGUGGACUACAUAACGCCCGACGAUCCCCCAAUUCCUGCCCCGGUCGCGCAGCCGGUGCAGCCAGCCAAACAAUCCAUGGAACCACAGGAACCACCAGUCAUGGUCGACGAACCUGUCGAAGUCGUUGAGCAGGGCGUAAAAACAUUCCCCAGACCUCCAUACUCCUUCUCGUGCCUAAUCGGGUUGGCCCUGAAAAACUCACACUCCGGAUUACUGCCCGUGCCCGACAUCUACAGCUUUGUUUGCGAACACUUCCCAUACUUCAGGACAGCGCCGAGAGGGUGGAAAAACUCCCUUCGGCACAAUCUGUCACUCAGCAAGUGUUUCAAGAAGAUCGAAAAACCGCUAUCGUCCGGAGCCUAUCGCAAGUGCUUCUUUUGGAUGAUCAAACCGGACAAGCAGGCAAAGCUGGACGAGGCAGUGCAGCGGUGGUUCCGCAGGGAGCCGGACAUCAUUCGCCAAGCGAUGGCACACCCCGAAUAUCUGACGGCGCUCGAGCGGGGCGAGAUGAAGCACGGCUCAGUGCUAUACGAUCAUAUCGACCUGGAGGACGAUCUCGACGAAGACGACGGGGAGGAGGACGAUGAUGUGGAGUUCAUCGAGCCCGAGCAUGAAACGCUCGACGACGAUGCGGAACGGUACAUCAUCGCCACGCUGGAUGCUGGAUUGAAGGAUGAUGAUGAUGAUGACGAUAAUGAAGAGGAGAUGCCGAAGUGGUCCACCGCGAAUCGGCAAACCAUUCAGCUGCCGAUGAUCGAACCCGGUCAAAUAGUUGCAAAUGAGAUUGAAGAAGAAGAAUACCUAGAACUGGAAGAGGAAGGGGAUAACGAUGGUAUGGAGAUCAUCGAGCCCAAGCACGAAACAAUCCAAUUUGAUGCAGAUCGCUCAAUCAUUAAAAUGCCGGAAUUGGUAAUUCAUGGUGAGGAGGAAGAAGGCGGUCAUCAGGUCAAUUUCAAUUUAGAGGUUCCUGAUUAUUACGCAUCCGCGAAGGUUGAUUCCAAACACAGCAUGCUUGCGUUGGCCGAAUUGACCGAAGAGGAUCUUGUAUCGCUCGAAAAUGAAGAUGAAUUCCUGCUUAAGCAGCCCCAAAAGCAUCGGCAACAAACCGAGCAACAAAAUUCAGCAAAACGUGUAAGUAACGAUACGAGCGAGACUGGGGUGAGCUUUCAGCAACAUUUCGAGCAACUGCAGAAGCAGCAAUAUCGGCUACGGAAGCACUCUCGCCAGCUUCGGCAAAGAAGCGCUCGCCGAAAGGUUCCGCUGGGUUCGCGAUUGGCUACACAAUUACAAGUGCACAGCAGCGGCUCUCGGUCGGGUUCUGGCAGCGCAGCGUCUCUUCAAAGAUUUGCAUUGUGUCGAAGGGGAAAGAGAAACGUUCAUCUUUUCAUCCAACAUCCAACCAUCAUGGAGCUGCUGACGACGAUGAAAAUUCCCACCGCAGGACCGGAAACGUACUGCCGCCUAUGCCUCGGCAAGGAAAGCCUUUUGGGAGUGUUUGCGACGGAAAAGCCCCUGCAUAAUGAUGGCCACACGGGGAGCAGCUCCUCGACCGAGCUGGUAGAGAAGAUCUACGAAUGCACCAACAUAAAGCUCUCCUGCACGGUGGACGCGGGAUGUGCCAUCUGUCGCCGGUGUCUGCAGGCGGUGCAGGAUUUCUACCACUUUCGCGUGCGCAGCAACAAGGUGAAUGAUCUCAUCCAAGUGACGACGGUCGUUGCCAACGGUGACGACGACAACAGUGGCAGUGGCAAUGAAGCGCCCGCCAAGCGCGAAACGACGACCGUGGUUGUUCCGUGCCCAACAACAACAACAACAACACCACUACCAGGAGCGAAGCAGCAACCGAAGCCGUCGAUCGUCUCCAGUGCGAGCAAAACCACCGGCGAGCGGAGCAAUCGGUGCCGGUACUGCCCGAAAUCGUUCCGCACAGUGGCCGAACUAGCCGAGCACGGCAAGCGGACGCAUGUGGCCGGCCGGCAGCACCACUGCCCGAACUGUUUGGCCCAGUUCCAGCACGCCCCGUCCCUGGCACGGCACAUGCGAAGCCGCAGCUGCUUCGCGUUCAGCAAGUACCGGUGCCGGGUGUGCAGCGAAAGCUUCCCGGAGCGGGACCAGUGGGCGGACCACAUACGGAUUCACGCGAAGGACUUUCCCUACCAGUGUCCGGACUGUUGGUCACAGUUCAAGCAUAAGGCGACGCUGCGGCGCCACGCCAACACGGUCCAUCUGCUGGCGAAGGUGUGAUCGGGAUAUGUUUGUGUUUGUGUGUGUGUGUGUGUGAUGGUGAUUGUGUGACACGGUUCGACAGUUACAUAUUUAAAAAUGCAAAAAAGGCGGAAAGAAAUGAGCAUCGCACAUGCACAGUCGACUGAUAAGAGAAGCAAUGGGUCGGGUUAAUGAGUUGCACAAUGUAUAAAGGGCCCCUCUGGUGUGUUUGGGUUGGUUGAAACGGGGGGGUGUUUGGUUUGAGCGCAACACCACGCAUUCGAUCCAGCGCCUACUUGCUCUUGUAAAACGAACUCAGAACGAAAUGGGUGCAACAAACAAAAAACCCUCCGAUAAGACAUGUAAGGGUUUGUUUUAAACCCAGCGGCACACCACCACCAUCGCGUGACGAAUGUAACGUUGUGUUCAAUAAUAUGUAACAAAGUGUUAAUAUUUUAAAUCUGCUGUCCUUCGAUUUGGACGGCGAAGCGCGACCCAUUUAGAUUUUAGUUAGUGAAUUGGUUCGAAUCAUUUUUAUGGAUGACGACGAUUCGAACACGUGGUGGUACUUAUACCCUAGAAGUAAAACAAAAUAAAUCCCAAUUGUGGAAGGGGAGAAAAUCAGAAUAAAAAAAAAACAAAUGUAAUUAAUGUAAAUCAAGCCGGUACGAAAGAUACAUUCUUGAUUAAAUAGUGACAAUCUGAAAAUACGAUUUAAACUUUACUCGAUAUGUCCUUGUCAAUCAAUAAACAGGAAAUGUGUGAUAAAGAAAUGAAUAUAAAA